AUGUCGAGGCAGCAGCCCUUCCCGACUCCAAGAAGAGCAAACAAUCCACCGCCGGUCGCUUAUGAUGGUCGCUUCGAUAACACCAUGCCUCUCGCGGUCGGCAACCGUGCACCCUCACGUCCAAUGACACCGAGCUCGUCGACGGGUUCGGCCUCUGGUUUCGCAUCUCCAGCUCGCCCAGCACGAUCAGAGCGUCGCCCAAGGCAUGCCUCACAGUACUCUAUUAGUUCUAUCUCUUCACGAGACUUACCUUUCGAUGGUGCAAGUUCUUCUUAUAACUCUGCGGGACCCUCAAGGUCUCAGGAGACAUUCUCAAAUGGAAGCUACGAGGACCAACAGACGUCCCCCGUCGCACUCAAAGCUCUCACUGCAUUCCAGCAAGCUGGUGCGCAGCGGAAGCGUGCUAUGACAAAUGGGACCGUUGAACGAGAAAAGGAACGAGAACGAGAACUAGAAGAGGAAGCUCAACGACAGAAGCGAAUUAGGGAUAAGGUCCCUGGUCGGCGGGUAAACGGGAGGACCAAGGCAGUUGGCAACAUCGAUUCUGUGUUGGACCGUAUCGAGGAUGACUGGGCUUUUGUUGCCGAUCCAGAUUUCAAUCCAGUGGACCUUGCGUUACAGUUACUGGAUAGCUCAACUUCUGGAAAAGAUGUUAACUCUUUCAGACAGACGAAAGUUAUGUUAUCUAAGGCCUUGAAGGGUUCAGUCGAUAAACACUACCAGGCGUUCGCGGCGGCACUCCCGCAUCACUCGCAAGUGCUCAACCAUCUGGAUGCGACUCAGUCACAAGUCGUCGAGGCGCGUACAGCAUUGCAGGAAGCGAAAGAUGCAUUAGGGACUAAGCGGUCGGACUUGAUUCAACUCUCGAUUCGUGGUCAGACGAUCGAGGAGAUGUUGGGACUGUUGGAUGAAAUUGAACAUCUGAAAUCAGUACCUGACUCUUUGGAAUCCUUGAUGUCAGAAAAGCGUUUAUUGCAGGCGGCAGGGCUGCUUGUACGGAGCUUAAAAACAAUCAGAAAACCUGAAAUGCUAGAAAUUGGCGCGGUGUCUGAUCUUCGAUCCUAUCUUAUCAGCCAGGAGACUUCUCUCCGAGACAUCCUAAUUGACGAAUUGCAUAGUCAUUUGUUCUUAAAAUCAUUCUGGUGUGAAAACCGCUGGGCUGGUUACACUCCCAACUGUAUGACCUUGCCAGAGGUUGAAUAUGAUAAGGAGGCCCCUUCAAUGUCGGAGGAAAGUCCGUCGCUGUCAAGUUCAUCCUGCCCCCCACGUCUCAAAAAGUUCCUUAACGACCUGGCAACAAAGCCUAACGAAUCUCUUCUCGAAACCAACGAGGUUGAGAUAAAAUCAAGCUCCAUCCAAGCUCGUUCUUUCUCUGUUGCCUCCUUCUCGAGCCUCAUAAAUCGAGAUAAUGUAUACAAUCCCGAGAGAGAUUCCUUUUCUUAUCUGGAAACGCUCUUGGAGUCAUUGGCUGUUCUCGGAAAACUAGGUAGUGCCUUGGACAUUGUCAGUCAGAGGCUUCCGACAGAAAUAUACUCGCUUGUGGAUCAAACCGUCGACGAAAUACAUGAAAGGGCUGAGCUGAGCCAACGGGCAACAUUUUAUGCAUCCAGCAUUCAGGGCCGUCCGUCCAGCGUCUACGUAUUUACGAAUGAAAUUGGGAUGGGCGAUAUGUCGUCUUCGGUGACUGCAUCUUCCUUACGCCUGGCGGCGUUAGAGUCAAUGGAGAGGCAGGUUGACCACGAAGUUCUUCGUGAUCUUUUCUGGACCCUGUAUUCGAAGCUCGAUGCCGUCACCCAAGGUCUACGCGUUGUCUAUGAAGUGUCAAAUCGUAUCGGCUCGCGCCGUGAUUUCAAGGAUACUUCUGGAGCGAAACCGGGUAAUCUAUUCCCAUUAGCUGAAAUUUGGUUGCCGAUACAGAGUGAAGUCCGAACUCUCUUAAAUGACUAUCUGAGCGACGAGGAGAAAGGGAUGACAGCAGGUCGUAAUCCAAUCUCUUCAAUUAAUGAAAUAUUGAGAGAAUCGAAAUUCUUCCGCGAUCGAGGCAAACAAGUUUAUCGUUUCUCGGACACAGAUACGAAGGUGACAGGCAGGUCACUUCGUGCGCACGAGGAUGAGCUUAAUCACAUUCUGCGGGACACCGUUCCCGGACUUGUUCAAGGAGCUCUGGAGACGGCAGUGCAAACGAUGCUGUCUAAUCUCGGGACGGAUGAGCGCUUACUAGGAGCGGAGCACCAUCGAUUACUCAUUCGACCUGACGCUUUUCAUGUUAGCGUACUCUUUCAGCCUACACUAGUCUUUUUGAACCGAGUUGCAGAAGUUCUACCUUCUGGAUUAGAGUCAACAAGGGCCUCAACAGAACUCCUGGACGAUUUUGUCCUUAAUGUCUAUCUUCCGCAAUUGGAAGAGAAGUCGUCUCUUCUUUUCCAUCAUAUCGUAACUGGCCACGAUGCAUUCUUAGUUGACCCUUCUUCAUUGAAGUUGUCUUCUCAACCCUUGCUGAAGGCUUGUACUCAACUCAUGGCGUUGAUUAACUCACUUUGCGCAAUGCUCCGAUCAACACCGUUCCACAGAGAAAGUUAUUCUCGGCUAAUACUUAGCGUCAUCAUCCAAUUUUAUCAGCGAUGUAGUGAUCGAUUCCAGGACGUUGUGUCACGCAAUAGUCAAGAUUUAACUGAUGUUCGCCUCUUGGUAUCUGCUCGCUGGGCCCAACGAGAGGAUCUCACCACUUGUCUCAGUAAGCUAAUGAAGGAAGAGAUUGACGAAAGUCGCACUUCCGAGAUAUGCGAACAAGAAAUGCGGAUUGAACUGCGAAUACCGGAAAGCUCUGAAAUCACUCGGGAGGAUCUGCUAGGUUCCGUGCAUGACAUUUCUUUCCUUGGUAGCCUGUAUCAUAGCAUUACGUGGUUUGUGGAGCAGCUACGUGGAUUAAGAUCUUCUUCAGACGAGGAUAUCAGAUCUCCUGGUUCUGCUGUGUCUCCUGUGUUCCCUCCUUUACCACUGCAGCCUGAGACUGGCGAUUUACGAUUACCUUUAUCUCGUGAGAUGGGAGAUCGGUUCGGUGCGCUUAUCUUGACGUACGAGCAACUUGCACAGGCGAUACUCUUCACCAUCCGCAUUGAUAUUCGAUGUCGAGCUAUUUAUUUCCUCACUUCGGCGAUGCGUCAUGGCAACUAUCGCAUCGACCAAGAGGACAGCGAGCCCGAUCCUCAUAUCAUUGACCUCAAUAGUGAACUUGGACAAGCCGACGACUGCCUUUCGUCUACUUUGCCAGAGAAAGAGCGAUUAUUCUCCUUUGUGGGCCUUGAGUCUCUUAUGGAGGAGCUUCUGAUCUCCAAUGCUCGCUACAUACGCUUCGCAAACAUCCAUGGGAUAAGAAAGAUCCUAAGGAAUAUUAUCGCCAUUCGACAGAGUUUGAAGAUGCUGUCAAGUUGGUCUUCAACUUCCGAUUUUGAGCGUGCACGAGAGUUCUUCGGGCUGUAUUCUUUGGGACCUCAGGCUCUGUUGGAAAACAUCAAGAGGGAGAAGAAGUUCACAUUUGAAGAGUAUCAAGCAAUGUUGAGUUUGCAGUGUGGAGUGGACCAGAGCAUCGGCCAAAAUGGCACCAACCAAGGCUCGGACCGUAAUUAUAGUAUGUAUGUUAUUGAACUGCAUGGGCUUGAUCUUGAGCACUCCACUACGGAGCCCGCGUCUUAA